GAGGGUGGGCGGAGUCGGUGGUUUACGGUGGCCCCCCGGGUACAUUCCGUUCCGCUGGUGAGCGCGCACGUCACAUCUCAAGUAGCUCUCCGCCCUGGAUUGUAGAGAGGAAACCGGAGCCGGCGAGACAGAUCAUAAGAUUGAGGCGUCCAUCAAACAUGGGAAACCAGUCGCGUUUCACACUCUGCUGAUACCCGGACAGCGCUGAUCUCCAUCAACAUUAAUCUUGCUUAAGGCGUCUCGGAAAACCCCCGAUUUCUACUUGUUUUGCCCCGGUUCUUACGCUGCGAACAUGUACGGAAGUUCCCGGUCCGUCGGAAAGGUGGAGUCCAACAGCCAGAGUCCCGGCCGUUCUCCGAGGCUCCCCAGGUCGCCGCGCUUGGGUCACCGGCGCACCAACAGCACCGGGGGGAGCGGAGGAGGAACGGCGGGGGGCGGCAGCGGGAAAACGCUUUCCAUGGAGAAUAUUCAGUCGCUCAACGCCGCUUAUGCCACGGCAAGCCCCAUGUACCUGAGUGACCACGAGAACGUGGGGGGGGACAGCCCCAAGAGCACCAUGACCCUGGGCCGCUCUGGAGGGCGGCUGCCCUACGGGGUGAGGAUGACGGCCAUGGGAAGCAGCCCUAAUAUCGCGAGCAGCGGCGUGGCUAGCGACACCAUCGCCUUCGGCGAUCACCACCUGCCGGCCGUCAGCAUGGCGUCCACGGUGCCCCAUUCUCUGCGGCAGGCCCGGGACAACACGAUCAUGGAUCUGCAGGCCCAGCUGAAAGAGGUCCUGCGCGAGAACGACAUUCUGCGCAAAGACGUGGAGGUGAAGGAGAGCAAGCUGAGCUCGUCGAUGAACAGCAUCAAGACCUUCUGGAGUCCCGAGCUGAAAAAGGAGCGGGCCCUGCGCAAGGACGAGGUGUCCAAGAUCUCCGUGUGGAAGGAGCAAUACCGAGUCGUUCAAGACGAGAAUCAGCACCUACAGAUGACCAUCCAAGCUCUGCAGGACGAGCUGCGGAUCCAGCGGGAUCUCAACCAACUGUUCCAGCAGGAUAGCGGCGGUCGCCCCAAAGACUCCUUCACCGGCGAGCUGACGGAGGAAAACUUCCGCCUGCUUCACGCCGAGCACGACCGCCAAGCCAAGGAGCUCUUCCUGCUGCGCAAGACCCUAGAGGAGAUGGAGCUGCGGAUCGAGACGCAGAAACAGACGCUAAACGCCCGGGACGAGUCCAUUAAAAAGCUGUUGGAGAUGCUUCAGAGCAAAGGGAUCUCCUCGAAGCUGAUGGAGGAAGACCACGAGAGGACGCGCAGGCUGGCUGAGGCCGAGAUGCACGUCCACCACCUGGAGAGCCUCCUGGACCAGAAAGAGAAGGAAAACAGCAUCCUUCGAGAGGAGAUGCAUCGACGCUUUGAGAACGCUCCGGAUUCCGCCAAGACGAAAGCCCUGCAGACGGUGAUCGAGAUGAAGGAUUCUAAAAUCUCCUCCAUGGAGCGUGGCUUGCGGGACCUGGAGGACGAGAUCCAGAUGCUGAAAUCAAACGGCGCGCUCAGCACAGAAGAACGCGAGGAGGAGAUGAAGCAGAUGGAGGUCUAUCGCAGCCACUCCAAGUUCAUGAAGAACAAGGUAGAGCAACUGAAAGAGGAGCUGAGUGCGAAAGACAGUCAGGCGGAUGACCUGAGGAAGAGAGUGUCAGCUCUGCAAGCCGAGCUGUCUGGCAUCGGGCAGGUCAAGCAGGAGCUUUCUCGCAAGGACACGGAACUGCUGGCCCUGCAGACCAAGCUGGAGACCCUCACCAAUCAGUUCUCCGACAGCAAGCAGCACGUGGAGGUCCUGAAGGAAUCUCUCACCGCCAAAGAACAACGGGCGGCCAUCCUGCAGACUGAGGUGGAUGCGCUCCGGUUGCGCUUGGAGGAGAAGGAGACCAUGCUGAACAAGAAGACUAAGCAGAUCCAAGAGGUGUCGGAGGAGAAGGGUACCCUGUCCGGGGAGAUCCACGACCUCAAGGACAUGCUGGACGUGAAGGAGAGGAAGGUCAACGUACUGCAGAAGAAGAUUGAAAACCUGCAGGAACAGCUUCGCGACAAGGAGAAGCAGCUGAGCAGCUUGAAGGAGAGGGUGAAGUCUCUGCAGGCGGACACCACCAACACGGACACUGCCCUGACCACGCUGGAGGAGGCGCUCGCCGAGAAGGAGCGGAUCAUCGAACGUCUGAAGGACCAAAGGGAUCGAGAUGAACGGGAGAAACAGGAGGAGCUGGAGUCCUACAAGAAGGAGCUGAAGGACAUGAAGGAGAAAGUCACCGUGUUACAGGGAGAGCUGUCUGAGAAAGAGUCUUCGCUCCUCGAUCUGAAGGAACAUGCCUCUUCCCUCGCGUCUUCCGGCCUUAAGAAGGACUCGAGAUUGAAGACCCUGGAGAUCGCGCUGGAGCAGAGGAAGGAAGAGUUCUUGAAGCUGGAGAGUCAGCUCCGGAAGCACACCGACGGGGCCCCUGGGAAAGCAGCUCUGGAGGCUGCUCAGGAGGCCAAGUCCAACCCGGAGACGAACGAGCGAGUUCAGCAGCUGGAGAAGGAUGUGUCAAGGCUACGCGAGGAGGCCGGGAAGUCCCAGAUGGAGGUCGAUCGGCUGUUGGAGAUCCUAAAGGAGAUGGAAAAUGAGAAGAAUGAGAAGGACAACAGGAUCGCUGAGCUGGAAAGACAAAUCAAAGACCAGAGCAAGAAAGUGGCGACUCUGAAGCACAAGGAGCAGGUAGAAAAGAAGAAGAACGCGCAGCUCCUGGAGGAGGUCAGAAGGAGGGAGGACAACCUGAACGACAGCUCACAACAACUGCAGGACGUGAUGCGUCAGAGAGACGAACGCAUCGAGGAGUUGGAAGAAGCUCUGCGAGAAAGCGUGCAGAUUACAGCCGAGAGAGAAAUGGUGUUGGCCCAAGAGGAGGCUUCAAGGACCAAGUACCAAAAACAGGUGGAAGAGCUGAUGCUGGCGAUGGAGAAGGUGAAGCAGGAGCUGGAGUCUAUGAAGGCCAAGUUGUCUUCUACGCAGCAGUCCUUGGCUGAGAAGGAGAUCCACCUGACCAGCCUGCGGGCCGAGAGACGCAAGCACCUGGAGGAAGUGCUGGAAAUGAAGCAGGAAGCGCUCCUGGCCGCCAUCAGUGAAAAAGACGCGAACAUCGCGCUGCUGGAACUCUCCUCGUCCAAAAAAAAGAAAACCCAAGACGAGGUCGCUUCUCUGAAGAGGGAGAAAGACAGGCUGGUGCAGCAACUCAAACAGCAGACGCAAAACAGAAUGAAGCUCAUGGCGGAUAAUUACGAAGGGGACCAUAUGAAAUCUUCUGCCCACACCAACCAAACCAACCACAAGCCCUCCCCAGAUCAGAUGAUCCAACCCAUUAUAGACCUCGACCAAAACCGCAGCAAGCUCAAACUGUACAUCGGGCACCUGACCGCUCUCUGCCAGGACAGAGACCCCCAGAUACUCCACAACGUCCACCCGCCUGCCUCCUACUACCUGGAAGACGACCAGGCAGCUUGGGAACAGAGGCUGCAGAAGAUGACACCUGGCCAGUUGAGUGAGGAGCUAGAGAAGUGUGAGCGGGAGAGCGCCGAUCUUCAGGAGUUUGCCAACACCAUCCUGCAGCAGAUCGCCGACCACUGCCCCGAUAUACUGGAGCAAGUAGUUAAUGCCUUGGAGGAGUCAUCCUGACCUUACUCUGGACAGAGAAGAGGACCCCGCCUGUGGCCCUUCUGGACGGAGAAUGCAUUAGCCAAUGACCUUCCCCCUAUACCAACAGACUCUUGCCUCGUAGAAGGGACCUACACGUUCAGCCUUGCACUGCCUGUCAGCUCACUGCGCUGUUAGCCCAUUCCCACUGACCGCAGGAGCUGACGCUCAACACAACGUUCUGGGGGUCGCAGUCUGCUCCCUCAGGACCAAAUUGUUUUAGGGGGAGGUUUUUUUGUUGCUUUUUUGGUUAGGGGGCAACUACCGCAGAUCUUGUGAGUGCAAGAGGGGGGAAACUCCUUGGCAAUCCGCUGUAAACAUUCAUCACAAAUGCAAUAAGAGAGCCUGUCUCCCCCCGUCCUGGAGGGAAAGGGUGGGCUUGAAACCCUUUAGAGAGCGUUCCGUUUAUUAGAGGCAGUUGCCGCUUGGUCUCCAGAAGCUGUUAGCUGUCUACACCGACUGUUACAGAGGUUUCCUUUUAAUCAAAAGAGAUUAUUAUUAUUAUUAUUAUUAUUAUUGCUCCUGCAAUCCGACCGCGCUCACUCGCUACACCGUUUCCAAGCUGCAGACUCCCUUGGCCUUGAGUAUUCCGUUCACGUUACCAGCUUUUAACUUGUAGCCGGUGGUCUGGUGGCCUUCAGUGUGAGUCUACUAACCUUUUCUGCGCCCACUGAACUUGUCUCCCGAGCGUGAGUUUAUUUUGUUUUA